AUGAUACAUGCAGUGUUGAUCUUCAACACGUCAGGCGUGCCGCGUUUGACCAAGUUCUAUACUCCGAUACAUCAGGCUCCGCAAGCACUCGUCGAGAAGAUCUACUCUCUGGUCUCGCAACGACCGGCCGGGCUCUGCAACUUCCUCGAUGCUCCGGAACUCGACACCUUCCUCAAGCCCAAGGACCCGAAGACGAACGCCGCAGCGCAGAAGCUUCGCGUCGUCUACCGCAGCUACGCGACUCUCUACUUCGUCUUCGUCGUCGAUGGCGCAGAGAGCGAACUCGGCAUCCUCGACCUCAUCCAGGUGUUCGUGGAGUCCCUCGACGGCGCGUUCGAGAACGUCUGUGAGCUCGAUCUGGUCUUCCACUUUGACGAGGCACACCACAUCCUCGCCGAGGUCAUCCAAGGCGGGCUCGUGCUCGAAACGAACGUGAACGAGAUAGACCGCGCCGUCCAAGACGCCGCAAAGGCCCGCAAGGAGUCCUUCGCCUCCGCGAACCCGCUCUCCCUCGGCGGCGGCGGCGCGGUCGGCUCGCGCAGCGCCGGCCUCCAGACCCCGCUCAACUGGCUCGCCGGCAGGCUCACUGGCGUCGGCGCGCGGUAA